CUUCUUUACUUCCGAUUCUAUCCAUCCUUUACGAUCGAUGAUCGUCGGUGAUACAGAUUAGUGAUGGGGUAUUUGUGGACGUCAUUCCUAUAAACAAGACACAUUGAAUACGCUCAAGCCACUCGUCCCCAUCACUUUUCAUGCGGUGAUCCUUGCUGUCAAGGCCCACGGGACCUCCCCGUACCUCAAUAGUCCUCCUCUUCUGGAAUAGGCCGUUGGCAUUAUUGUCAUCCGUGUCUCUAUGGCAUCUGUUCCUGCUGCAGCAGUCUUUUCUUUGCCUCUCGCCCCAUGGCAACAACCUGCCAGUGUGCGCGUAGCUCAGUACGAGCCUAGGAAGCGCAAGAAGGAUUUCUCCGACUGGGGGGACGAUGAUGACGAUGUUGAUGGCGACACAACAGAUGCGGCAUCAGAGGCAGCUCCUGGUCCAUCACUCACCCUCUCCCCGGAUGAAGCCCAUCAAUAUCGCAUUGCUGGCCUUGCCUUCAACCAAGAAUUACCUGGGGGCAAUUUCCCACAUGCCCCGGUUAAAGAUCAACCGACCCGUCGGCAGACACGAAACCAAGUCCUGAAAGAGUUGACUUCGUUGCCAUCUCCAAUCUAUCCUCCUCAGUCUGCAGCCCAUCAAGGGAAUCUACGUCUUCAGCAUCUGGCCGUGCUAUCUUCCAUUUUGCACCGUUGCCUCCUGCAGAAAGACUUCGUUCGAGCGGGCAGGGCGUGGGGGUUAAUCCUCCGUGAAGAAAUUGGGGGCAUCCCAAUUGACGUCCGCACUGAAGGGAGAUGGGGCAUUGGUGCAGAAAUUUUGCUCCGGCGUGACUGCCAGGUCUCGGACACGUCUCCUGAUAAUGCACAGGAACGUGAUGCAGAGCCGUCUGAGGCACCGCCUUCCAAACUCUUAUUCACAAGGCAGGGUUUUGAGAAGGCCAAGCAGUAUUACGAAACCCUCAUCAUUCAGCACCCAUACCGAAAAGCGGCACCUGAUGCUAUAAGCUCACUACACUUUUAUCCUGCCAUGUUUGGACUUUGGGUGUAUGUCACCCAAGAGGAGAGCAAUGUUUGUCGACAGAAAAUCUGGGACGCCCAUGGCGCGUCCCCUGACGAUUCGGAAGGAGAGGAUUCUGCGCUCGAUAUACAACACCAUGAUGUCACCCGACAGAAGACGCAUGCGCUGAUUGCCAGUGUUAGGAAGAGUGAGCUGGAACAGGCUCAGAAGAUUGCAGCCAGGAUGGACGAGAUUCUCGGAUCUCCCCCAUACUCCGACUCUCCUGAGUUACUGGAGCUCCGCGGAAUGAUCUCUCUCUGGAUCGCUGAUUUAUUUGUCUCAUCACUGCCAUAUGGGCGAGCAGAGGGAGAUAUGGACGAUUAUGAUUCCGAUGAGACCGGUUCAUCAUCCGCCGAAGAUCUUCAAGACUCGCUUCAAGAGCGGCGAGAGCGCCGACUUGCAGUUGAGAGGAAGGAAUACGAGGUACAGAAGUCGCAGGAUUAUUUUGCGAAGGCCAAACAGCGUGGCAAAGGGGUCACCUCUACGUUUGGAGACCUGCAUAUAGAUGAUGAUGAUGCUUCAUUUGGGUAUGCGGAUUAACGAGACAUGCUUAAAGAUAUGUAUGGAUGUAUUUUACCAACACAAAUAAAAUAAAUGUAAAAUCAGAUAAUGAUAUUCAC